AUGGUGCCAAACGACCAAAUCGCCGUGGACCCGGUUCUUUAUGAUCUGGGAAACGAGUAUAGCGUCGAUGACUGGCAGUCAAACCACCUCGAUCGCGUCCUCGGUGUAUCGAGGCUUCAUGGAAAAUGGCCGAAGGUUCGAGGUGAAAUAGCCAUGGCUCACUUGAACACCUCGGAUAACAAGACCACCAGAUACGCAAACUUAAGGCAAUCCACAUAUGCUGUCGCCGUCGACGACAAGCAGUUCGAGGCAUAUGAAUGCAUUCAUGUCGUGGCUCUUUUAUCAGAAGCGAAAUCAGAUAAUCCGUAUUUCCAAUCUCCGAUCGGAGAUUCCCCAAAGCACAUUCUAGACCUUGGAACCGGCAAGGGUACAUGGGCUAUUGAGGUUGCUGAUCUUUUACCCAACACCACCGUCCGUGGCGUGGACCUUUUUCCACCACCAGUGAGCUGGAUGCCACCAAACUGCGUUCUGGAAGUAGACGAUGUAUUGCAGGAAUGGACUUGGCGCGACCCGUUUGACCUCGUCCACCUGCGCAUAUUGGAUUCAGCUUUCACCACCGAAGAAUCAGAUCGCGUUUAUAAGCAAUGUUAUGAAAAUAUUCGACCGGGUGGCUGGAUCGAGCAUCUCGGUCCCAGCAUGUACGUGGAAUGUGACGACGGCAGCGUGCCUCCAGACAACAUCUUGUUUGGAUUUGGCGAUUUGAUAAGUCGCGCCGCUAAUAAAAUGGGCCGACCUAUCAACAUCUAUCAGACAUUUCACGGGUCCAUCGAAAAGGCUGGUUUCGUGGAUAUCCAGGAGAAGGUCUAUAAGUGGCCGAUCGGGCCCUGGCCGAGAGACAAGUUGUUGAAAGAAGUCGGGGCUCUUAAUUUCCAUCAUUGGUCAAACGGUUUGGAAGGCUAUAUAAUGUUCGUGCUGACCAAGUUUGGUGAGCCGGAGCCCUGGUUGAAGGAUGAGGUCCUUGUCUAUGCAGCCAAAAUCCGUUCAGAGUUGACCAACCCACGACAUCACGUUUAUCACAGAGCGUAA